UUUAUGGCCUUCUGUUUCUGGAAGGUCCCUCUCUCCAUCGUGCCGAUUCAACAAUUGCUUGGUCUUGGAGGUCGGUAUCAAAUGCGCCAUACGAAGAACUGGAGCUCUGGAACUUUCACAAUCCUUCCUUCCUCUUGCUUCUCGUCUGAAUCCUCCCCAAAUUCGGAAGAAAACCGCUUAUCAGCGGUUGGAAAGCCAUUUCUGUCAAGCGAGAGCUUCGAACUGACCGCAGAAAGAGCGACUGGAAGGAGCCAUGGCCUUCGAGACCAAGGCCUGUACUGCCCCGGACUUGGCCGCCCUUGCCGACACCGACAUUAACUGGCACAGGUUGGAUAAAACUAGGUUUCACAUAAUUGGAGCCAUUCUCUUCACUGCACAGUCAGCCCUACUACAUCCCACAGCUGUGGUAAAGACUAGAAUCCAAGUAGCUGGUUCUGGGCUCUCUCACUUGCAUGGGAUGACAGUAUUCAGACAAAUACUGAAAAAUGAUGGCGUCCCUGGUAUGUACAGAGGCUUUGGCACUUCUGCGAUUGGAUCCUUGCCAGGCCGGGUCUUGGCUUUAACCUCACUAGAAGUAUCAAAAGACAUGAUGCUAAAAUACACAGAAGGUCUAAAUAUGCCUGAAGCAACAAGAGUUGGGAUUGCAAAUGGAGUGGCAGGCAUGUUGUCAAACUUAGUUUCCUGCAUAUACUUUGUACCUUUGGAUGUGAUAUGUCAAAGACUUAUGGUACAAGGGCUUCCAGGAAGUACUUCUUGUAAUGGACCAUUUGACGUCAUUCAGAAAGUGAUGAAGACUGAAGGAUUCCGUGGCAUGUAUAGGGGAUUUGGAUUGACAGCUGUGACCCAAUCUCCAGCAUCUGCACUUUGGUGGGGGGCUUAUGGCACUGCCCAGCAUGUCAUUUGGAGGAGCCUUGGCUAUGGAGAAAAUGUGGCAAAGAAACCAUCUCAUAUGGAAAUGGUGACAGUGCAGGCUACAGCAGGAAUGCUAGCUGGUGCUUGUUCCUCAGUUAUAACUACACCCAUAGAUACUGUAAAGACACGACUUCAGGUCAUGGAUGACUAUCGAUUUGGAAGACCCUCGGUCAUGAAGACUACGAAAGCACUCCUCAAAGAACAUGGAUGGUGGGGAUUCUACAAAGGGUUUGGACCCCGUUUCUUAAACAUGUCACUCUAUGGAACUACGAUGAUAGUCACUUAUGAAUUGAUAAGUAUAUUCCCUUUUCUUGUCUUUCAAGUGGGCAGAACUCUGGGUUCUCUCAGGGCGUGUUUGGCUUCUUCAUAGUCUAGUACUCAGUUCAUGUUAUAUCGUUUUCUAACAAAUUUUAAAAACUUAUUUUUGUUUCUAAUAAUUUUGAAUUUUUUGAUCUUUCACAUAUCCAUUCAUUCUUGGUCCUCUACAAUGGAAAUUGUUGGGGGCAAAUUUAGAAGUUCGCCUGUAUGAAUUUGUUCUUUGGCUUUUAGUUAAUAAAGAAACAGCCUCUUUGCAAAAAGACAAAGAGAAGGCUGCAUACAAAUACGGUUAUUCUCUUAAGGUCACCCUUUUUAUUAUAACCCAGUUCAAAAUCUUGGGUAUAUACAUCCAACCCAAGCUCCCCUCUUUUUUCUCAUCAUGCCACUUUUAUUAUUUACAUCUGAUUUUGGUCUCUUAAUCACAGAGAGGUUGUCUAUAAAGCAAGCAUGAUAAUCUGCAUGGACAUCACCGUUGGGAACAAUAUUCCUGAGGCUCUAAUUUUUGUGUUUGGAUGAAGAGAAUCUUUAAGAUCUCAAAAGGAGACAACAAAGGCAUCUCAAUUGCAA